UUUUUUUGUGACGCCCAGUUUUUUCGGUAUUUGAGGUGUUAUGAGAAGAAUUGAUUCGUAAUUUUCACUUUUCAGCGUUGAUUUAAUUAAUAAAAUUCUUAUUUUCCUUGCUAGUGGAUAAAAGAAAUGAAUGAAUACUCUUAACUGUGUAUCCACGAAUACUUUUUACGCAGGAUGAAAUGAAAGUUCCCAUCACCUCAUCAUUCUUUCUAAUUUCAUGAACUAAUCCUUCAGUAUGAUCGGUGGUCUUUUCAUUUACAACCACAAAGGAGAAGUUCUAAUAUCUCGCGUUUAUCGCGACGAUAUAGGGCGUAAUGCCGUUGAUGCAUUUCGAGUGAAUGUAAUUCACGCCAGACAACAAGUACGGUCGCCAGUUUCUAACAUCGCUAGGACUUCAUUCUUUCAUAUUAAACGUGCCAACAUAUGGGUAGCUGCGGUUACGAAACAGAAUGUCAACGCAGCCAUGGUUUUCGAAUUUCUCAACAAGUUGGUUUCUGUAAUGCAGUCUUAUUUUGGAAAAGUAACCGAAGAGAAUAUCAAGAAUAAUUUUGUUCUGAUCUACGAACUUCUCGAUGAAAUUCUCGAUUUUGGAUAUCCACAAAAUAGCGAUACUGGCGUUUUAAAAACGUUCAUCACUCAACAAGGAGUAAAAUCUCAGAGUAAAGAAGAACAAUCUCAAAUUACGUCUCAAGUUACCGGUCAAAUUGGUUGGCGAAGAGAAGGUAUCAAAUACAGACGGAACGAACUCUUCCUAGAUGUCUUGGAAUACGCUAAUUUGUUAAUGUCGCCCCAAGGGCAAGUAUUAUCAGCUCAUGUUGCCGGACGUGUUGUUAUGAAAUCAUAUCUAAGCGGAAUGCCCGAGUGUAAAUUUGGUAUAAACGAUAAAUUGGUGAUGGACUCUAAAGGAGUCGGUAAAAUUGGUAGUUUAGGCGGAUCGAACGAUGACGCGUCCAAAUCCGGAAAACCCGUAGUAGUCAUAGAUGAUUGCCAAUUUCAUCAGUGUGUGAAAUUAUCAAAAUUUGAAACCGAACAUUCCAUUAGCUUUAUUCCUCCUGAUGGCGAAUUUGAACUCAUGAGGUACCGGACAACUAAAGAUAUUUCACUUCCUUUCCGUAUUAUUCCGUUAGUACGCGAAGUCGGACGUACCCGAAUGGAAGUGAAAGCGGUUUUAAAAUCGAUGUUUAAACCAUCGUUGUUGGGACAAAAAAUUGAAGUUAGAAUACCAACACCUUUAAAUACUGCUGGUGUGCAGUUGCUAUGUCUCAAAGGAAAAGCCAAAUAUAAAGCUUCCGAUAAUGCCAUUGUUUGGAAAAUUAAAAGAAUGGCGGGUAUGAAAGAAACUCAGCUCUCUGCCGAAAUAGAACUUCUGGAAACCGAUUCUAAAAAGAAGUGGACCAGGCCUCCUAUUUCAAUGAACUUUGAAGUACCGUUUGCGCCUUCCGGGUUUAAGGUACGUUAUUUGAAAGUUUUCGAACCAAAACUCAACUACUCAGACCAUGAUGUCAUCAAGUGGGUUAGGUAUAUCGGUAGAAGUGGUCUAUAUGAAACUCGAUGUUAAAUACAAUAAUUUCAUGUUAUCGUUAUGUUCCGCGAAUAAUUAGCGUAUACGAAGAGUACACCUAGUAUUGCCUAUACAGUAUCUUACCUAUGUAAUCAAGUUAUAUAAUGAAUAGGUAUCUUUGUAGCUUGAGAUUGAUUUUCUCUCCUAUGCUUGAAAGAAUAUUUCAAACUAUUGGAAUUCAUUAUUAUUAAUUAUUUAUUUGUUUUAGUCCGUAUUCUUAUAUUAUAACAUGUGUAUUAUACCUACCUACAAUAAGACGAACUUUCAAGUUGAAUAUCAUCAUGUUACAUGCUUACAAUAAUAUUUAUUCUUCAUUAGUAAAAAUACCAAUAAACAUUUUUUAUAAAGGAAUAUAAACUCAUUACCAUUA